ACAGGACUUUUCAGAGUUGAAAGUGCUUUCAGCGUGAGUUUCAAAGAGCAGCUUUUUGUAAGGUUUUUAACCAGCAUUGAACAACAGUACUUUGAAGUAGAAAAGCGUCUGGCUCAAAGUCAGGAGAGGCUUGUAAAUGAGACCCAAGAAUGUCAAAGUUUCCGUGAGGAGCUUAAAAAACUGCAUGAACAGUUGAAGUCACUGAAUGAGAAGAAUAAAGAACUUGAAGCUGCUCAGGAUCGUAAUGCAGCCAUUCAGAGCCAUUUAAAAAGAGAAAAAGAAGAACUUGAAGCUGAAAAGAGAGAUUUGGUUCGAACAAGUGAAAGACGAUCUCAGGAAGUUGAGCAUUUAAAUGAGGAUGUUAAACGCCUAAAUGAAAAGCUUACAGAAGCAAACACAGAGAAGGUGAAACUUCAGUUGAAGUUGGAUGAACUUCAAACAUCAGAUGUUUCCAUGAAGUACCGUGAGAAAAGAUUGGAGCAAGAAAAAGAACUGCUGCAGAAUCAAAACACAUGGCUGAAUGCUGAGUUGAAAACCAAAACGGAUGAGCUUCUACAUACUGCCAGGGAGAAAGGCAAUGAAAUCUUGGAGCUAAAAUGUAGUCUGGAGAACAAGAAGGAGGAGGUUUCCAGAAUGGAGGAACAGGUAAACAGCUUAAAACAAUCAAAUGAAAAUCUUCAGAAGCAUGUGGAAGAGCUUUUGAAUAAACUGAAGGAGGCAAAAGAGCAGCAAGCUGGUAUGGAGGAAAGAUUCCACAAUGAACUGAAUGCCCACAUAAAACUAUCCAAUUUGUAUAAGAGCGCUGCUGAUGACUUGGAGGCAAAGAGCAACGAACUGACAGGAGCGGUAGAAGAGCUGCACAAGCUCCUGAAGGAGGCAGGUGAAGCUAAUAAGGCAACCCAGGAGCAUUUGGCUGAGGUGGAGGAGUCAAAAGCUGUAAUGGAGAAGGAACUGCGAGAGAAGAUCAGUAAACUGGAAAAGGAGCUGGAGAAUGCCAACGAUUUACUGUCCGCUACAAAGCGCAAAGGAGCCAUACUGUCGGAGGAGGAGCUGGCAGCCAUGUCCCCCACUGCUGCAGCGGUAGCUAAAGUGGUCAAGCCUGGAAUGAAAUUAACAGAGCUGUACAACGCGUAUGUAGAAACUCAGGAUCAGUUGCUUUUGGAAAAGCUGGAGAAUAAGAGAAUCAAUAAAUAUUUGGAUGAAAUAGUGCAGGAGGUAGAAGCCAAAGCACCAAUCUUAAAACGUCAGCGUGAAGAGUUUGAGCGUUCCCAAAAAGCUGUCGCUAGUCUGUCUGCAAAGCUUGAACAAGCAAUGAAGGAAAUCCAGCGUUUGCAGGAGGAUGCUGAUAGAGCCAAUAAGCAUGCCUCUCUGCUUGAAAGAGAAAACCAGAGACUGGAAAUACAAGUUAAAGAUCUCUCCCAGCAGAUUCGUGUGCUUUUAAUGGAACUUGAAGAAGCUAGAGGCAAUCAUGUGAUUCGUGAUGAAGAAGUGAGCUCUGCCGACAUCAGCAGCUCUUCUGAAGUGAUAUCUCAACAUCUAGUCUCUUACAGAAAUAUCGAAGAACUUCAACAGCAGAACCAGCGUCUCUUGGUGGCUCUUCGGGAGCUGGGAGAGGCUAGAGAAAAAGAGGAGCAAGAAGCAACGUCAUCCAAGAUUUCAGAGCUUCACAAUCAGCUUGAGGAAGCUCUCAAUGAGCUAGAAAAAUUGCGUGAAUCACGUCAUCAUCAGCUGCAGCUUGUCGAAUCUAUAGUUCGGCAACGUGAUAUGUUCCGUAUAUUGUUGGCACAGACCACAGGAGCUAUCAUUCCUUUGCAAGCUUCAGGUAUAUUACCGGAGGACAUUUCUCUUAUGUCUACUCCAAAACGCCCGAAUUUACCUCAAGCCAUGUCAACUCCUGCUCCAGUGUCAAUGACUGAGUCAGUGGAGACUGUGGAGGCUAAGGCUGCCCUUAAGCAGUUGCAGGAAGUUUUUGAGAACUACAAAAAAGAAAAGGCUGAGAAUGACAAGUUGCUGAAUGAACAGAAUGAAAAGCUUCAGGAGCAGGUCACGGACUUGAGGUCACAAAAUGCGAAGAUAUCCACGCAGCUGGAGUUUGCCUCCAAACGGUAA